AUGGAGUUGCGAGUGGGGCUGGACCAUGACUGGGGCACCUUUAAUCUCCCCUUUUUUUAUAUCACUGGAACAGACCUAGUAAUGAGAAUUCAUGUUGGAGAAAACCCUUGUCAAUGCAAUGACGGUGGGAAAGGUUUCCAUCAUAGGUCAAAAGUUAACAUACAUCGGAGGGCACAUACUAGAAAAAAUCCUUAUCAAUGCAAUGACUGUGGGAAAAUGUUUAUUAAUGACUCAAAACUUAUUUUACAUCAGAGGAUACAUACUGGUGAGAAGCCUUUUAAAUGUAAUGAUUGUGGGAAAGUCUUCAGUCAUAGGUCAAAACUUAUUAUACACCAGAGAAUUCAUACUGGUGAGAAACCUUUUAAAUGUCAUGAUUGUGGGAAGGCCUUUAUUCGGAGUUCCCACCUCCUUCAACACCAGAGAAUUCAUACUGAUGAGAAGCCAUUUAAAUGUGAUGAUUGUGGGAAGGCCUUUAAGCAGAAUUCCCACCUCCUUCAACACCAGAGAAUUCAUACUGGUGAGAAGCCAUUUAAAUGUGAUGAUUGUGGGAAGGCCUUUAAUCAGAAUUCCAACCUCUCUGUUCACCAAAGAAUUCAUACUAGUGAGAGGCCAUUUCAAUGUAAUGAUUGUGGGAAGGCCUUUAAUCGGAGUUCCCACCUCCUUCAACACCAGAGAAUUCAUACUGGUGAGAAGCCAUUUAAAUGUGAUGAUUGUGGGAAGGCCUUUAAUCAGAGUUCCCACCUCUUUAAACACCAGAGAAUUCAUACUGGUGAGAAGCCAUUUCAAUGUCAUGACUGUGGGAAGGCCUUUAAUCAGAGCUCCCACCUCCUUCAACACCAGAGAAUUCAUACUGGUGAGAAGCCAUUUAAAUGUCAUGAUUGUGGGAAGGCUUUUAAUCAGAAUUCCAACAUCUCUGUUCACCAAAGAAUUCAUACUAGUGAGAGGCCAUUUCAAUGUAAUGAUUGUGGGAAGGCCUUUAAACAGAGUUCCCACCUCCUUCAACACCAAACAAUUCAUACAGGUGAGAAGCCAUUUCAAUGUCAUGAUUGUGGGAAGGCCUUUAAUCAGAGUUCCCACCUCCUUCAACACCAGAGAAUUCAUACUGGUGAGAAGCCAUUUGAAUGUCAUGAUUGUGGGAAGGCCUUUAAUCAGAAUUCCAACCUCUCUGUUCACCAAAGAAUUCAUACUAGUGAGAGGCCAUUUAAAUGUAAUGAUUGUGGGAAGGCCUUUAAUCAGAGUUCACACCUCCUUCAACACCAGAGAAUUCAUACUGGUGACAAGCCUUUUAAAUGUAAUGAUUGUGGUAAGGCCUUCAGUCAAAGGUCAAAACUUAUUAUACAUCAGAGAAUUCAUACAGGUGAGAAGCCUUUUAAAUGUAAUGAUUGUGAGAAGGCCUUUAAUCGGAGUUCCACCCUCCUUAAACAUCAGAGAAUUCAUACUGGUGAGAAGCCAUUUAAAUGUAAUGAUUGUGGGAAGGCCUUUAAUCAGAAUUCCCACCUCCUUCGGCACCAGAGAAUUCAUACUGGUGAGAAGCCUUUUAAAUGUAAUGAUUGUGGGAAGGCUUUUAAUCAGAAUUCCAACAUCUCUGUUCACCAAAGAAUUCAUACUAGUGAGAGGCCAUUUCAAUGUAAUGAUUGUGGGAAGGCCUUUAAACAGAGUUCCCACCUCCUUCAACACCAAACAAUUCAUACUGGUGAGAAGCCAUUUCAAUGUCAUGAUUGUGGGAAGGCCUUUAAUCAGAGUUCCCACCUCCUUCAACACCAGAGAAUUCAUACUGGUGAGAAGCCAUUUGAAUGUCAUGAUUGUGGGAAGGCCUUUAAUCAGAAUUCCAACCUCUCUGUUCACCAAAGAAUUCAUACUAGUGAGAGGCCAUUUAAAUGUAAUGAUUGUGGGAAGGCCUUUAAUCAGAGUUCACACCUCCUUCAACACCAGAGAAUUCAUACUGGUGACAAGCCUUUUAAAUGUAAUGAUUGUGGUAAGGCCUUCAGUCAAAGGUCAAAACUUAUUAUACAUCAGAGAAUUCAUACUGGUGAGAAGCCUUUUAAAUGUAAUGAUUGUGAGAAGGCCUUUAAUCGGAGUUCCACCCUCCUUAAACAUCAGAGAAUUCAUACUGGUGAGAAGCCAUUUAAAUGUAAUGAUUGUGGGAAGGCCUUUAAUCAGAAUUCCCACCUCCUUCGGCACCAGAGAAUUCAUACUGUUGAGAAGCCUUUUAAAUGUAAUGAUUGUGAGAAGGCCUUUAAUCGGAGUUCCAUCCUCCUUAAACACCAGAGAAUUCAUACUGGUCAGAAGCCAUUUAAAUGUAAUGAUUGUGGGAAGGCCUUUAAUCAGAAUUCCAACCUCCUUCAGCACCAGAGAAUUCAUACUGGUGAGAAGCCAUUUCAAUGUCAUGAUUGUGGGAAGGCCUUUAUUCGGAGUUCCACCCUCCUUAAACACCAGAGAAUUCAUACUGGUGAGAAGCCAUUUAAAUGUAGUGAUUGUGGGAUGGCCUUUAACCAGAGUUCAAAUUUAAUUGUCCAUCAGAGAAUUCAUACUGGAAAGCUUAUUAAAAAAUCAUGAAUGUGGUAAAGAUUUUAAUGAGAGAACAAACUUCCUGGUACAUCAGAGAAUUCACACUGGUGAGGAACCUUAUAAAUAUGAAGGCUGUGAGAAAGUCCUCAGUUUUCAGUCAUAUUUUCUUGAUCAUCAGAGGGCCCAUAUUGGUGAGAAACUUUAGUAAUGUGAUGAAUAUGCCAAAGGGCUCUGUAAGCAUCUAGUACUCAUUGAUCAUCUGAUCAUGUUAUAU